UGGGCCAAUCAUAAGCGGGGUUGUAGUUGGCACAUGCGCACCACAAGUGUACGUCUUGUUCCCUAACAGCAGCCGAGAGGACCAGAGCGCAGCCUAGGACGCUUCUCCCCGAAAAAUAAACAACACUCUGCAGAGGAGAGGACCCGUCACCAUGGCUGCUGCUGCUGCUGCUGCUGCUGCUGCUGCUGCUGCUCGUGUUGUUCCAUCUGCCAAAGGCAGCCUGAGAGAGGAUCUGACAUGCGCCAUAUGCUGCGACUUGUUCCGGGAGCCUGUCAUGUUGGCCUGUAUGCAUCACUUCUGCAAACCCUGCAUCUCCAGAUACUGGAGGGGCACACAGGGGCCUGUAACCUGCCCGCAGUGCCGAAAGGAGUUCAGCUGCAGGCAGUUUCAAACCAACUACCUAGUCGCAGCCAUGGUGGAGAAGGUCCGGGCUACCACCUCGGACACUUAUAUCGAGAACCUAGAGAAACAACUGAAAGAGACUUUGGAGAGCCAUCGCCUGAGGAGGGAGGACUACAUCAACACUAUUCGCAGAGACAAAGACAAGAUGGAUACCAUAAAGCGAUUUGGAGCAGAUCUGCAGGCUCGUGUCAAAGGUGAAUUCAGAGCUCUCCACCAGAUCCUGCAAGAAGAGGAGACAUGUAUGCUAGAGAAGCUAAGGAGAGAGGAGGAGGAGGAGUUGGAAAAAGUCCAGCACCACCUGGAGACCAUCAAGCUGGCCGUGAGGGAGCUGGAGGAGAAUAUGAGAGCGCUACAGCAGGCUAGCACUGCCACUGAGAACAUCAUAAUGACUGAGCUCCCAAAGCUAAGACCUUGUGUGCAGAUGGAUAUUGCCCCCGAGUUUGAUAUGAACGCUUUCAGCAACAAAUACAUGGCCCCAUUACAGUACAUCACAUGGAGAAAGAUGUUCAAGUCUUUGAAGCCAGGUCCUUCCCCAUUAAGAUUUGAUGUUGACACAGCGCACCCAAGCAUUAGAGUCUCCAGGGAUAAAACCGUGGCUGUCGAAUGUGACGGCAUGAUAUCACAUACGCAACACAACAAGCGUUUCCUCCAGUGUGUCAACAUUCUGGCUGCCCAGGGCUUCCGGUCAGGCCGACACUACUGGGAGGUAGAAGUGGGCUCCAAAGCCAAAUGGGACCUGGGCGUGGCCUCAGAGGCCGUGGACAGGCACUCACGGGUCAGGCUGAGUCCCGAAAACGGCUACUGGACUCUGCGGCUCCGUAACAGGAGCGAGUACUCAGCUGGCACCCAGCCCUGGACGAGGCUGCAGCUCGGCUCUUCCCCUCAGAGGCUCGGUGUUUUCUUAGACUGCGAGGAGAGGAGGGUUUCCUUCUACAACGCCGAUGAUAUGACUCUGCUCUACUCAUUCACCAACGGGCCCAGGGGCAAAGUGUUCCCCUUCUUCAGCCCUUGCAUUAGUGGUAGCAGUCAGGAACCUCAGCCAAUCAAACUCCUGCACUACCCACCCGUCGCUCUCUCUGGCUAAAAUGGCUGAUAACAAUAGAAGCUUGUCAGUAUCUGAGAGCUGUCCAUCCACUUAUUGACCAAAGACCGUUAUCGCUCAGCUCUUAAAACACAUUAUUGCUAUUGUUUGCGUUAUGGUGCCAUAUUGCAGGAGUUGAAAAUUUCAUAUUAUUCUCUUAUUUUCCCGCUUUCACCAGAUGUUUCUGUUUUCUAUCUGAAAUUAACAUUAAAAGCCUCAGUGUAAUGAAAAUUGCCAUAUUAACCAUAUUAAAAAAAAUCCAUUGUGCUGUAA